CCGCGUCUCACUCGCUCUCUCUCACACACACACUUGUGGCACACACGCACUCGCUCUCAGGCGCGCGCCAGGAACCAUGAGUUACUCCAGCGAGGUCUACAGCAGCAGCAGCUCCUACAGGAAGAUCUUUGGAGACGCGCCGCGCUCCGGGAGAGUGGCUCUGGGCAGCAGCCCGUCCCGUCCGCGCUCCUCUGCGGGCUACCGCAGCAGCCACCGCGCCUACGCCUCCCCCGCCAUGGUCGUCUCCUCCAGCGGCUACCGGCGGAGCGCGGCGCCCGGCCGCGUCUUCUCCGCGCAGGAGCCCAUGCUGGACCUGAGCCAGUCCACCGCGGUCACCAACGAACUCAAGAUCAUCCGCACGAACGAGAAGGAGCAGCUGCAGGGGCUCAAUGACCGCUUCGUCUCCUUCAUCGAGAAGGUCCACAACUUGGAGCAGCAGAAUCGCGUCCUGGAGGCGGAGGUGACGCUGCUGCGGCAGCGCCACAGCGAGCCGUCGCGCCUGCACGAGCUCUACGAGCAGGAGAUCCGCGAGCUGCGCGCGCGCGUGGAGGAGCUGAGCCACGAGAAGAGCCAGAUGCACGUGGACUGCGUGCAGAUGCGCGAGGCGCUGGAGCGCGUGCGGGAGAGGCUGGAGGAGGAGGCCCGGCUGCGGGAGGAGGCGGAGAACGCGCUCAAGGGCUACAGGAAGGACGUGGACGACGCCACUCUGGCGCGCCUGGAGCUGGAGAAGAAAGUGGAGUCGCUGCUGGACGAGAUCGCCUUCCUCAGGAAAGUUCAUGAGGAGGAGCUGCAGGAGCUGCAGGCCUCCCUGCAGGCCACGCAGGUAUCAGUGGAGAUGGACAUGAGCAAACCGGAUCUGGCCGCCGCUCUGAAGGACAUCCGGGCCCAGUAUGAAAACCUGUCCUGCAGGAACCAGGCCCAGGCAGAGGAGUGGUACCGCUCCAAGUUUGCGACGGUGACCGAGGCUGCUGCACGCAACCAGGACGCCAUCAAGCAUUCCAAGGAGGAGCUGAGCGAGUACCGCCGACAGGUGCAGGCCCGCACCUUGGAAAUCGAGGCCCUCAGGGGCCACAACGAAGCUCUGGAGCGGCAGAUCGCUGAGAUGGAAGAUCGUCAUAACAAUGAGAUUGGAGACAUGCAGGACACGAUCCAGGAGCUGGAGGCUGCGCUGCGGAGCACCAAAGGGGAAAUGUCCCGUCACCUGCGUGAAUACCAGGAUCUCCUGAAUGUCAAGAUGGCGCUGGACAUAGAGAUCGCUGCCUACAGGAAGCUGCUGGAAGGUGAGGAGUGCCGUCUCAGCUCCGUCGGAGGCGCCAUGGUCCAGUCGGGUUACCCCGGCUUCUCCUACAUGUCGGCUCGCUCCUACACCGUGGGAGCCUACAGGAAGUCCAGCGCCAAGCCAGAGGAGGAAGAGGACGAGGAGGCAGAGGAAGAGGAGAAGGAAGAAGAGGAGGACGGAGAGGAGAACGAGGAGGAGGAAGGAGAAGAGGGAGAAGGAGGAGAGAACGGAGAAGGUGAAGGUGAGGAGGAGGAGGAGGAGGAAGAGGAGGAGGAGGAGAAGCCAAAGGAGAAGGAGGAGAAGAAAAAGGAAAGUCCCACCGGCAAGCCCAGCAAGAGUUAAACAGCCGGCGUGUCACGUACAUGAUCCUCCUCUUCGGUCACACACACAGAGAACGCACACACAUACACCAGCAUGAUGCCACAAAGUUUCGCUUUGAGUUUUCCUUAGAAGAGCAACAACAAACGUGCCAUUAAUAACCACGACUUGUUAGCACACUGACUCUGAGAAGAAGAAGAAAUGCACAGUUCUGGGGAGAACAGCCAGGCCAACUUUUACGGUGCUAUAUGAUUUUUACAUUUAAAAGUUGGGGAGUUGAAAGACCUCAUCACAGCACUUUCCACCCGUCUCUCCUUCACCCACUCUGCCUUCCAUCCAUCCGUCAUCCCACCGCAACGAAAUGAAAUGUACGCUGCUUCUCCUUCUGUCGUCGCUGUGCAGCAAUAAGAAGCUCUGAGAAACUGUAUAUAAAUAUAUGAUUGUAGAGUUGUCUGAGGUUUUUUUUCUUUCGGAAUGAUAGAGGAGUUUAUUCUGCACCUUUCUUUCCAUUCAGGAAUGGAUUUGUGUUUCGCUACUAUUCUUUAAUGUCACUUAUCUCCCUUCGAUAGGUUCAUUUGUCAAACGUUUAACCAGCCUGUUUACCUACAGCCGUUCCAACAAACAAUCCAGCCACAAUAAAAACUGACUUCAAUUCAAGUAGAGAUGGGGAACAAGAGCGUGUUCUGAGGAGGAGUGGCCAGCUGAGCUUGACACUGAUGGCUGGCUGUAACUGGCAGAUGCUUUCCUGGGUCAUGGUUGUCCAUCGAAGGGCUAUCUGCCCCAUAACCUCCCUGCGACCUCCCACCCUGACCUUUAAAGCGUCACGAUGCAUCGCCUCACGUCCUUCAGCCUCUCUCCUGUUUGACAAAUGAACCGAUCGACGGAGUGACCGCAUGGCCUGACCUUCAGAGCUUGACUAUCUGUGAAUGGAUUCUGUUCUGCUUGUCGUGUGAUUUGAAAAUGCCUUAACCAUCGCUGAAGUAAUAAAGUUUGACGGCAACGACACGUGUUCACCUGCAUCUCACUGGUUCCUGUUGAGGCGGAGGAGAGUUGCACCUUCCAAAACGGAUCUGCUAAACUACUACUGUGACUGCUGCUCUCUCAUGCAGUGAUGUUCCUCUCAAAGCCAAAUAAAGACAUUU